CACCUAGCAAGCAUGCCAGUUGGAAAUACCAAGGCAUUCAUGUUAGCUAGCAGAAAUCAGGGCCCCUGGUCGGCCUUGCUCUUUUUAUUGACUUCUUAUGGAGUGUUGGCUAGGAGGACUAUCAUGAAACGUUUUUAAUAUCCAUAAAUCGGGCGAUGCACAACAAAUCGUGAUGUAUUUUCCAUCUUCACUUCAACUCCCCCACCUCAACCCAUCAACCAUCAGAAAAAUGAUACAAAUCUGGAGAAUAAUACAAAAACUCCUCUGCCGAAAAAUUACCGAAUCAAUCCUCUUCGAACUCCCCCUCGAGCUCCUCUUCGCCAUCCUAUGGUUCCUCCCACUCCCAGAUAAAGUCCGACUGACUCUAACCUGCAAAGAUUUAUACCACCUUCUCUUUCCCCUCCUCCCAGCCGACGACCUCCGUUUCCCUCGCCUCCUCCCUUACAGACCAUACUGCGACCGGAACUACACACGAGCAGAUGUUUUAAUCGCACUAGAAGACACCCACUGGGCAUAUUGCCAAGGAUGCCAGAAACUGCAUCCGCGCGAGGAAUUUCCCACUAGUCCUGCGAAAUUUAUGAAUGACCCGUUGACGAGAUACUGUGCAAUCUCCAGUGGUCUCGUUGACCUGUGUCCGUGUAUCGUGAUUACGUUUCGAGAUAGACUGCGGAUCGAGGAUUAUUUACUGGGAAGGAAGAAAAGGAGUUGUGGAUAUAUCGAUAAGGGGGUUCUUGUGUCUGUUCCCCAUGCGAAGGGGAGAUAUCUCGUGCAUGAGUGCUAUGCAUACAGAAAUGUGGAGAUGGCUAUUCUGCUCUACCAUGCUGACGAGAAGAUGUUUAUCUGUACGCGAUAUUCCAUCCCGAAUGACACUCGGGCGGUCCGUACGGAAGACAUAUUCAUCUGUCCGCAUCGAACUCUGUCGAAAUAUGUGCAUGCCAUCCCCAGCCCAGCCUGUCGCUCAUGCAAUGCACGCGUAGUGAAGUUGACCAGUUCAAAAAAUCCAGAUGCCAUUGUGGUGCAGGUCACCCGGUGUUUGGGGAAACGGCCCGAGAAAGAUUGGAUGGGACUGGGAGAAGACUGGUGUUGGCAAACUCGGCUAUGUGUUUAUCUUCCCAUAAGCGGAUAUCUGGAUUAGGAGAUCAUUUGUACGAAUAUAUGCGGAUGGUAUUCUGUGUCCAAAGUCCACAUGACCAUCUUCAGUUGGAAUGUGGCAAUCUUCACCAUUUAUCCAGUAGAUCGGGUAUACGCCUCUUCGUCAUUCUGCAAACAAUGAAUUAUCUCUUUUCCAUGCUCACCCUGUUGGCCUCCGUCUCUGCGUAGUACAAAU